UUUAGGAGGCGGAGCGCGGUAUAACGUUAGCUUCUGUCCCUUUAAAAAAAUCCCUUUAUUUUUAAAUGGUUGCAAGCCAUAGAUCAUAAUUAAAAACACACUUUCCCUCCGUUGUUUGUGUGAGGGUGUUAAAUAGAAACACUAUUUCGACAUAAAACGGAUCUGAUCGUUCGACAGGAGGCUGCGCAGAGGAACCGUUGGGCCGGGACUUGAAGUGAGGAUGGAGGAGGUGCAGCAGAACAGCAGUAAUGGAACUGAAACUCAGACUGUCACCAUUCCCACCACCAUCAGUGCUUCCCAGAUCUCACAGAUAGCUCACCAGAUGUCUCUGGGGGGCUCUCCUGUAACACUGGUUCAGCUCCCAGGUGGCCAAUUCCAGGUGCAAGGGGUCAUUCAGUCAUCAGUCAUCCAGUCUCCACAGGUGCAGCCAGCACAGGGUCAGUCAGAUACUGACGACUCCCAGGAUUCCUCUGACAGCACAAGCUCCGCCCACAAGUCCCGUGAGAUACUGGCCAGGCGCCCCUCCUACAGGAAGAUUCUAAAUGAGCUGUCCGCAGAGGAGGUAACAUCUCGGAAUGAAGGAGAGGAAGAAAACACUUCCUCCACAGCGGCCACCACCAUGACCGUCCCCACGCCUAUCUACCAGACUAGCAGUGGCCAGUACAUUGCCAUCACACCCAACGGAACCAUUCAAUUGGCCAGCCCAGGCACAGAGGGCGUGCAGACCCUUACCAUGACAAACUCGGGCACCACACAGCCAGGCCCCACCAUCCUGCAGUAUGCCCAGACCCCUGAUGGCCAGCAGAUCCUGGUGCCCAGCAACCAGGUGGUGGUUCAGAGUGCUGGGGGAGAGAUGCAGACCUUCCAGAUCCGCACCACGUCCAACACCAGCUCCUUGCCCCAAACUGUGGUCAUGACGUCCCCCGUCAACAUCUCCUCCCAGGGCUCCAAGACGGAUGACCCACAGAUGAAAAGGGAGAUCCGGCUAGCCAAGAACAGGGAGGCGGCGCGCGAGUGCCGCAGGAAGAAGAAGGAGUAUGUGAAAUGCCUGGAAAACCGGGUUGCUGUGCUGGAGAACCAGAACAAGACACUGAUUGAGGAGCUGAAGACAUUAAAGGACCUUUACUGUGUCAAGACAGGGUAACGAGUCGGACCUCACAGCAGCUUGUUAUGGACCACUGGGAGACUGGGAACAGCGUUCAUUUCUAACCGUAUUCCUUUGUUUUUUUAUUCUUUGUUAAAAUGUGCUUAUGAGCAGCUGAACGAACAGAAAAAGGUUGUUAAAAAAUUGUGGCAAUUUUCAUGUGGAUUUUUUUUAAGUUGAGAAAUAAUGGAUGACUUCUCCAAACCCAUUUUUAUCUUGUUUUAUUUUAUGAGCACAGAAAAGCUGGAAUUGCAAACAUAUAAAAAUGCAGUGCUUUGGCAUUUUCUAAUUUUUGCAAGCCAACCAUUUUUUCCCCUUCAUUUUUAUUAAUAGAGCAGUUAGUGAUCUACAGUUUUAAUCUCUGUAAGAGCAGCAUUAUUGUGAGUGUAACUAUGACUUUGUGAUCAUGUAUCUCUUUUGUAAGUAAACACUUUUCAGUUGUUUCUCUCCUUUGUUGAGGACAUGGUGCAGAUGUUCUGCUUUCCCUGGAACUGUCAAUGUAAGGACUUCUGUGGGUCAUGUUCCCACCAGGACAGUUUAUCAAGGAGGGUGAGGGAGGGGGUGAUGUUUGGUUUGAUCCAAUAAAUCAAAUAUCACUGACUUGGUAAGUGAAUGAAAAUAAAUAUUUUUUUCCAAUCUUUAUUUCCGCUGUAAAAAAUAUCUUCUAGGAAGAACAGGGCAGAGGCUGCCCUCUUGUGAAAAGGCCACUUGUGUUGGAGGGUUUGUCCUGAAUACAGACGGUUGUGGGUUCAGCCCCCAGCUGACUUGUGCAAAGCCUCAGUCUCAGCAUGUCACCCACCACCUCUCUGUUUGGCAGUGAAUGAGGUGAACUCUGCUUCCUGGCACCUAUGAUAGCCAGACAUCCUGUCCUCAUAGUGACCCUGCACGUCAAGCUUCUCCAUGCCUGUAAAAUUGAAUGUCUCAUGUCCCCAAGCACCCCUCUGCUCACCACAGAAGAGAGAUUUGGGUUUUGUAUUUCGGCUGGUCACACGUGCUUGUCUUGCCGUUUCGAACAUAUGGAUGUCAUGGUAACCCUGUUAAAUAUGCUAACAAAAUGAUGUACUUCCAGUUGUUACCACAUAGAAAAACAGCACAACCAACACCAUUGGGAACUUUUGUGACAACCUUGAAACAGCAGAAGCGGACAUUUCUUGAAGAUAAAACCAAUGCUAAGCUUCACAGAGCAAAAACAGAGCAAAACCACACCUUCUGUCUGCAUAAGUGCAGGUCAUGACUUUUUUCCUCAGUCAUUUAUGUAGUGAUGAAAUCUGUCAGUUAACUCAUUCAAAGUUGUUGACUCACUGUGCCAAUGGAUUGUGGUUUGGUCGUGUGUGAACACACGCAUGGUUGAAGAUCGUAAUACAGUUGUGGGAAAGGUAUAUGUCCACUGCCCCUGUGAUAAUGUGAGAUUUGUUCACAUGUGCAAAAACCUCCCAGUGUCAAAUUUGCAUCAGCUUUAAGAGUAAAUCUUUGGGUGAAUGCGGCAUAUGCAAAAAAGAGGUGCAAUGUUGUUGCUGUUCUGCGGACCCAGGCCAGCAGGGGGCACUCCAUUGCUUCAUUCCACAAGGGGACUGUAAUGCAGUACUUUCUCCUCGGUUCAACAAAGUACAUAUAAACAGAAACUACAUAAAUAUUACUAAACAAUAGUAGGCGCUGUGGAGCUGUGUAGAAUUUCAUUCAAGAAUACAAAGCUAUUUCUGAUAUAAAGCAGGAUAGCCAAUAAAGGUCUAUCGUUUAUUUGUUUAGUA